CCCGCCCCUUCGUGCGCUCCCGUCGGUGUAAACACGCAAACCCCCCCGGUUACCGGAGGAAGAUGGCAGAGCGGCAGAAGCACGACGGCGGGGUGAAGAUCGGCCAUUACCUGCUGGGGGACACGCUCGGUGUGGGGACGUUCGGCAAAGUGAAGAUCGGCCAGCAUCAGCUGACGGGACACAAAGUGGCCGUGAAGAUCCUCAACAGGCAGAAGAUCCGCAGCCUGGACGUGGUGGGGAAGAUCAAACGGGAGAUCCAGAACCUCAAACUGUUCAGACACCCGCACAUCAUCAAGCUGUACCAGGUGAUCAGCACUCCCACAGACUUCUUCAUGGUGAUGGAGUACGUGUCUGGAGGCGAGCUGUUUGACUACAUCUGCAAACAUGGACGGGUGGAGGACACGGAGGCCCGGCGUCUCUUCCAGCAGAUCAUCUCGGCCGUGGACUACUGCCACAGGCACAUGGUGGUCCACAGAGACCUGAAGCCAGAGAAUGUCCUGCUGGACGCCAACAAGAACGCCAAGAUAGCCGACUUCGGUCUGUCCAACAUGAUGUCAGACGGGGAGUUCCUACGGACCAGCUGUGGCUCCCCCAACUACGCUGCCCCCGAGGUCAUCUCAGGAAGGCUGUACGCGGGCCCAGAGGUGGACAUCUGGAGCUCCGGGGUGAUCCUGUACGCCCUGCUGUGCGGCACGCUGCCCUUCGAUGACGACCACGUGCCCACGCUGUUCAAGAAGAUCCGAGGAGGCGUCUUCUACAUGCCAGAGUACCUGACCCGACCCGUGGCCUCGCUGCUCAUGUUCAUGCUGCAGGUGGACCCUCUGAAGAGAGCCACCAUCAAAGACAUCAGGGAACACGAGUGGUUCAAGCAGGACCUGCCGGGCUACAUGUUCCCCGAGGACCCCUCGUACGACGCCUCGGUGCUGGACGAGGAGGCCGUGAGGGAGGUGUGUGAGAAGUUUGAAUGCAGCGAGGCGGAGUUCAUGUCCAGCCUGUACAGCGGGGAUCCUCAGGAUCAGCUGGCGGUCGCCUACCACCUCAUAAUAGAUAACCGACGCAUCAUGACCGAGGCCAGCGAGUUCUACCUGGCCUCCAGCCCUCCCCAGGGCUCCUUCAUAGAGGAGGGCAUGCCGCUGCCCCCCGGGGUCAAACCCCACCCGGAGAGGAUGCCCCCGCUGCUGGCUGACAGCCCCAAGGCCCGCUGCCCCCUGGACGCGCUCAACACCACGCGGCCCAAACCGCUGGCCGUGAAGAAGGCCAAGUGGCACCUGGGCAUCCGGAGCCAGAGCCCCCCCCACGACAUCAUGGCUGAGGUGUACCGGGCCAUGAGGCAGCUUAGCUUCACCUGGAAGGUGGUGAAUCCGUAUCACCUGCGGGUGCGGAGGAAGAACCCGGUGACCGGAACCUUGGUGAAGAUGAGCCUGCAGCUGUACCAGGUGGACAGCAGGUCCUACCUGCUGGACUUCAAGAGCAUCGACGAUGACAUCAUGGAGGCGGCGGGCUUUAAGUCGGGCUCGUCCACCCCCCAGAGGUCGGGCUCCACGGCCGGCCUCCACAGACCCAGACUGAGCAUCGACUCGGCCCCCGACCUCCUCCAGCUCAGCUCCUCCCUCCCCGGCUCGUUGUCCAGCAGCGCCCCGAUGCUGCCCCCCCGCCAGGGGUCACACACCAUGGACUUCUUUGAAAUGUGCGCCAGUCUGAUCACCACGCUGGCCCGCUGAGACCGGACGCCAACGUGGGGGGGUCAGCCUCUAAAAGAAGGAGCAUGAGAGAAGAUCAACACUGUCAACACUGCUUUAAUCCUUCUGACUCCCACAAAUACACUGCUUUCUAUUAUCAGCCACCACCGAACCUAGUGGGGGGGCCACCACCGAACCUAGUGGGGGGGCAACCCCCCCCGACACUGACUGGAGGUCAGUUUAGUUUAAUCUCUAUUCUGAGGGAAGCUUACCCCAUUAAAUUGAUAUUUUAUGGUUGGUAAAGAAACAGCCUUUUAUAUUUAUACUACAAUCAUUAGCAGAACAAAUAAUAGACUUUAUACACCAGAAAGAAGAUGAUUAUUAUUUAGAUAUCAGAUAAGCCGUAUUUAUUUUUCUAGGCGCUGUAGUUUAUUAUCGUUUCAGCACGUUAUGAUGUAAAAAUGUUAAUACGCCGAUAACACAGACACACAACGUCUCUAACGUACCAGUGUGCUCAAAACACACAAACAUCCUUUGAACACGGAACACUCACACGCUUUCAUGCAUGUACAGAAUGUCAUUAGACUAGUUCCACAAGAGACGUUGUGUAUCAGCCGCAGGGACACAACACAGAAACCUUAAAGAAUCCAAAGUAUGCAAAUGUGUGUGUGUGUGUGUGGUAGUAAUUUGUCGUGAUGAUUGUCGUUGUUGUUUGAUGUUUUUUGUGUCCGUCUGUCCCAGAGACGGGUUGAACGGGUUACUCAUCUGAUCCUGACAGUGUUACCUGAGGGAAUCCCAAAAAUGGCCAAUACUCAACAUAUUUGUUUUUUUUCAUUUUUAUCAUAGAAAGCUCUCUCUGUGUCAUGUGUAGCCCCGCCUCUUCAUGCUAUGUCAUGUGUAGCCCCGCCUCUCCCUGUCUAUGUCAUGUGUAGCCCCGCCUCUUCAUGCUAUGUUAUGUGUAGCCCCGCCUCUCCCUGUCUAUGUCAUGUGUAGCCCCGCCUCUCCCUGUCUAUGUCAUGUGUAGCCCCGCCUCUCCCUGUCUAUGUCAUGUGUAGCCCCGCCUCUCCCUGCUAUGUCAGAGGUCACGAGUCAUGUGACCAGGAUUUACAGUCAGACGUGCUGCUGUACAAUCACAACUGUAUGCAACUACCAGAGGCAUGUUACUCUACUCUGUUCAUCCCUGGGGGGUUCUUAUGAUUAGUGUGUCUGUGUGUGGGGGUUUAUUCCUGUGAUGCACCGCAUGAUGUUGCACUUUAUUAAGUAUUUAUUGAAAAACAAUAAACACACAUUUAAAAGG